CUGUGAAAAGGCGAUGAAACUUCCUGGUGUCAGUGGCUGUAAUCUUUGUGUGUUUUUACUGAGCACUUUAGUGCUUUGUUUGGCUUAUUUGCUGCAUCAUCUGGAGAAUUCUGAUCCAGGACCUCUGCCCAUUUCUAGCAUGUCUCAGGAUAUAAAUAAUCUCCGAGAAAUGUACAAAACACUGAAUAAGUCUUGUUUCAUUCUUGGAGCUUCAGGGGAGACAGGAAAGGCAUUGCUGAAGGAGAUUGUUGAAAGCAAACUCUUUGCCAAAGUCACACUUAUUGGUCGCAGAAAACUAACCUUUGAGGACCCAUCCUACGAGAAUGUGGUCCAGGAGAUUGUUGAUUUUGAGAAGCUGGAUGAAUAUGCAGCUGCUUUCCAAGGCCACGAUGUCGGGUUCUGCUGCUUGGGAACAACCCGGGCUAAGGCUGGCGUGGAAGGCUUCAUUCGAGUGGAUCACGAUUACAUAUUAAAGUCAGCUCAACUUGCCAAAGCUGGACGGUGCACUCACUUUAACUUGGAGUCUUCAAAAGGAGCUGACAAAAACAGUUCCUUUCUAUAUACAAAAAUUAAGGGUCAAGUGGAAGCUGAAAUUGAAGAGCUGGAUUUUGAUAGAUACAGCAUUUUUCGUCCUGGAGCCCUGAUGUGUGACAGAGUAGAACCAAGACCCAUGGAAUGGAUGAUGCAAAAACUUCUUAUUCCUGUAGCAUUUAUGUUUCCAACUGCAAUAACAACCCCUAUGUCUGUGCUAGUGAAGGCCAUGAUGAAUAAUGUUGUACUGCCAGCUGACAAGAAAAUGGAAUUGUUUCACAAUAAACAUAUCCAUGAGCUUAGUAAGCUUGGAGAAACUAAGGCCAAGUAGCAUUUUUCAAAGUUGACUUUUAAGUCCACAGUUUACCUUGGCCUUCGGUUUCCUUUAGACCUUCUGACUGGGGUGUCCCUGAUGUUCUAUUAUCACAUUAAACAGUUAUUUUGAGGAUUCCUUUAAAAAGACACAUUUUGUUGAAGCUUUGAAUUGGUUUUCCUUAUUAAAGAUAUUCUUGCAUAUUGUCCUGAAAUGUGCAAGCUUCAACAAAUAGUAUCUUUCUUCAGCAAUAACAGCUCUCUCUUCAUGGUGCUGCAAGGGGCAUAGUCUGUCUGCUUUUUCUUUUGUUGGGAGGCAUCUGGCUUCUGUUUGCUUGUGAUUGGUUGAAUUGAAAUUUGAUGAAGGUGGACCACAAGUGAAACAUCUCCUAUACCAUGUUAUAUUCCCAGACUAGAUCACGAGCUUUGUUAAAAUACUCAUUGGUAUAAUUUCAGCUUGUCCAAAGAGGGCUAGCAUCACCAAACUGGUAAUGUCCCAAGCUGCACCAAACAAAUGCUGCUUGUGGGUUUCCUUGGCCUCCACUCUUAGCUGCACUGAACUGUUGACUGCUGGACAUUUCUUCUGAGUUGCACAGAUCCUAGAGCUUUUUCUGAGCACUAACCCAAAGCGCUUUGCUGCACAUUAUGGCUUCUCAGAGCCUGAAAUAUAUGGUCCCAUCGCAACUCCUUCUUAAGCCCAAAUACAUAGAAGCAGUGAACUUCCACCCCCUUCUCAACCGUGCUAUUAACAAAAGCACUUUUCCUGUGGAAUACCUGACUUUUUCUAGAUAGCUGACUAAAAUUGAUUCUGACCCUUGAACUAUGUUGAGUGACCUAUUGAAAGGUUUGUAACAACCCUCACUCUUGUUCUUAGGUGGAAUUAAAUGUAGCAACCACUGGAACGGGAAUAACCAUUGGAAUGCCCCAUUCCCAGAACAUUACAAUAUUCACAGAUUACUAGUUUUACACAGUACAGUUGGAAACAUAGAAAAAAUUUCAUCACAACAGCCUUGUAAUCAGUUUAAUUUUUAUUACCUUAAACCUUUGUUCUGCCUUGAUUUGUUUCCCACUCUGUUCAGAACUUUGGCUCUGAGUAGAGUUUGAGUUUUGUUUUCUUGUAUUAAUUAGCAAAAAAAUUUACAAUGGUGUAAUGAUUUUGUUUCAUUUUAUACAUCUGAUUAUCAGGGAUAAGCACACUGGAAAUAGUGUGGUAUUGUUUCCAAUGUCAAAUUAGUGUUUUUCCCACAGGCCUUAAUAUGUAGCUGUCUCAUCCCUGAAAGUGAUUAAUGUCCACUUUGAUGAGUCACACACAACUCAGGUUUUAGAACUUUUUUUGACUUUGUCAUAAGUUGUCAGGACUGUACCAUGCCAGGCACACUACAAACUACUGACUGCUUCUAGGGCAGUACUGGUAGGUUAAAGAAGCACAUUUUGAAUUUUAAAAUGUGCAAUAAUUCUUUAGUUGAGCCAAAGUGCGAAAUUAGAUCAAACUUGGCCUGCAAGUGUUUGUGGAGUUUUGACUGUGGUUCCUGAGGUGAUGUGAAUCAGGUUAAAAUGAGAGAAAUGACACUAACGAAAUCUUUCACUCUCUCCAGAAACCCAUAACUAUCACCCAACACUUGUUUUGUAACAAUUGGUGCAAUAAAAUAUCUAGAAGCUAAUCUAGGAUUCUGUAUAGUGGUAAAUGGCUAUGAAAGCUCUUCUGUAUAAGUAUUGCCAAAUAUUAAAUAUUAAACAUGCUUUACCUGGUAGUUAUAGAAAUUACUGUUCUAUUAUUUUGCCUUGCAUUGUUGUAGCUUUGAGUUUAUUUUUAAAUGAUCAAUGUUUAGUUUAUGCAUGUGUAAUGAUCACGCAAGGGAUGUCUUAAUGUUAUUUUCUGUUUAAUUGUGGUUAAUGUAAGACACUGUUAGCCUUUGUCUGUUGUUCUGCUCCUGGUGCUGGUGAGAUUGUCUGUAUGUCCCCAGGCUGACAAUAAACUCCGUGAUAGAAGAGA